AGUAUCACCAUGUGUGAUCCCACAUUCCAGUAGUUGCUAUGUAAAAUUCUAAAAAAGCAGCGCUCAUGAUCAGUGAAAACCCUGACUCAAUUGAGCUAAAACAAAAAGAUGGCUAUCGAGAAAAAGGUGAUGACUGCAUUCUCAACGUAGCAGCUCUAUCAGAAACUAGAUCUAACAUGGAAUCGAGCAAAACUAACCCUGUUGAACAAAAGAAAGAAAAAGCAAAGGAAUACUUUUGGAGAUUUGUUGCAGGGAUCUUAAGACUAACGUCCAUUCUUAUUUUUAGCAUCAUUGUAUUGACUGUCUACAAAGACCCCAAUAGCCUCUACUGGCUUGUUAUGGCAGUCUUGACAAACAUGUAUAUCAUCAUUGCUUCUUUUCUUGAAGUACUAGUUCCAGAUUUAUUAUUUUGGAUUUUUGCUCUCAUACUUGAUACAGUAAUUGUUUUAAAUUCAGUAAAUACUAUAUUCAGUUUCCCUUUGUUCUUAUGUGCAGUUUUAUUGCUAUUACUGAUGAAGAAAGAAUUUUACUCGGCUACUAACGUUAUACACAUUACAAAUGAAGAUGGAGCAGUGUUUCUGGUAUACGUUGUACUAUGGGCCCUAGGUAUACUGAUUUGUAUUACUAAUGCAGCAAGAUUUGAUGCAGCAAAAACUGAUAGUAUUGGCAUUGGUCCUGGAAUCUCUGUGAUAUCAAUGGCCAUAUUGGCUUUUGUUAUUGCUCUGAGGAUAUUCAAGACUUGUAAAGAGGGAAGGAAUGAAAGUGUUUCUACUUCUGUCAUUUGAACGAUUUUAUAAGUGUUGUUUUUCUGUGAAUAUUAUUGCACUUUAUCAUCUUUUGAGGCAAUAAUUUUAUUACGAUAACUUACUAAGUAUGCAAAUUUUAUUGAAAAGUGUUAGGAAAGAAUUCUAUUCAAUUUUAGGCAAAAA